AGCCUGGACCUGAGGACACCAGAGACCAUGGUGGAGAGUGUUGGAUUAAGCCUGGACCUGAGGACACCAGAGACCAUGGUGGAGAGUGUUGUAUCAAGUCUGGACCUGAGAAAUGGAUUCCUCAGACCUGUAAGACUUGUGACCAUGUUGAGAACUCCACACACUGGCUUCAGAUUGAACCCUUGACUUCCACUGUCCAGGGAGUGACAAUGUUCAGACACAGGACACCCAAAGGGAGUUAUGAGUGCACAGUGUCUGGGCUCCGCUGGCUGUGUGAGAGAGAUGUCAUCCUGAAGUAUCACUUCAGGAACUGGGAACCCUACAGUCAACUUCUGAAAGACAUGCAGUACACACAAGGUGGUCCAUUGCUGGACAUCACUAUGGAGUUAGGUGAACUGGAGGAAGUUCAUCUGCCACACUUUGUCUGUUUAGGGACCAACCCUUCCCUGAGGAAUGAGAUGAAGAUUCUUCAUGUAGAGGAACAUGGAGUGUCUUUAGAGGAAGUGCAUGAGGUCACCAGAUUCCAUGUUAAGAUUCUCCAUCCCAAGUUCUCACCUAUCUCUGUUAUACUGAGAUUACUGUCUUGGAACGUAGAUGUCCACUGUGACGUGGUCCUCUACAUGGCAGUAAAAAAGUCAACAGUCAUUUCAAGGCUGUACCUGCUCCUCAGAAACUCCAGUCAGAAAGAGGCUGUUCAGGAACGGGAGAAAAAUCAGGUGUCCAAAGGAUUUUCAGAAUUCGUCCUGUCAAGUCCAAACGGGUCCUUAAAGCUGAACAGUUGGUUUGCGUUCAAGAAUCCCCGCUCCACUUCCAUCAAUCCAGAGAAGAUUCAGCUGUUACCUGCAGACACCACACCAAGCUGUUGUCAGAUGAUAAUGGGAAACACAGGGGUGGACAUUGAGAUGGAGUUAAUCGGGGAUGAUGAGAGGACAGUAUGGAAAUCAGUGUUAUCAAAAGAUGUGUACAGCAACGACUCUCAUCCAACAUCAUUAACACUCUCUGGGAUUCCUGCUGAGGAGUUUCUGAAGAAAUACAGGGCUAUACUCAUUCAGGGAGUCAAAAACACAAUGCCAAUAGCAGAUGAUCUGUCGUCAAAGAGCAUGAUUGGUGAUGAAGAGUACUCCAGAAUAACAGCUGAAACAACUGAACAGGAGCGAAUGAGAGAACUACUGAACGCAGUCCUCCCUAAAGGACCAGAAGUGAUGGGAGCUUGUCUCAAAGCUCUCAGUGAACAUGAACACCAUCUUGUUAAGUACUUGAGUGAAUCUAGCACCUAAUCUGAAGAUGCUGAGGCCUGUCUUUUAGUCUGUGGACAAAGACACUUCUCCACCUAAUCUGAAGAUGCUGAGGCCUGUCUCCUAGUCUGUGGACAAAGACACUUCUUCACCUAAUCUGAAGAUGCUGAGGCCUGUCUCCUAGUCUGUGGACAAAGACACUUCUUCACCUAAUCUGAAGAUGCUGAGGCCUGUCUCCUAGUCUGUGGACAAAGACACUUCUUCACCUAAUCUGAAGAUGCUGAGGCCUGUCUCCUAGUCUGUGGACAAAGACACUUAAAUUAUUGUAAUGUAAAUGUUUAUGUUCGUGCUAUUAUUUUAACAAAUGUCUGUGUUUUAUUCAUGUGCUGUUCUAUAAACCAAUGUGUGUUCAUUAAGUGGCCGACUGUACAAAUCCUCACUAUCAGUAGCUGUAAUUUGGCAGUAAGGCCAGACGUUGGUUUGAGAAGGAGAGAUCUCAGUUUCAGUUUAGAGAGAAGAAGACUGGUGACGUGUUGGUCUGUCAAAUGCUAUGAACCAGUAUUGGUCGGUCACAUGAAUGGAACAAAAUGGUAAAGAAUCAUGAAUAAAUGAUAAAUAUAAUAUAGUAAUA